UCGCCUUUUUCGUUUGCCGAUAAGUGAGCUAUUUGUUAUUUCUUUACUCUGCGAAGUUCUUAGUGGAGUUUCUCUAUUACUUCUGUUUCGUGCGUGAUAUUAUAUGCAGUUUAAAAAGUCGAAAAGCUCACUGUUUCGAUCUGAAAUUCAAGGACAUAUGUUUUAUUGACCAGUUAUUAACCAAAUUUAAGCUGGAAUUCGCUCAUCAAAGUGAAUUGAAGUUGACUAGAUUUUGAGCAAUGGUAAUGGAUGUGACACCUUCACCUCAGUGUGUGGGACGUGAAUUCGUCCGGCAAUACUACACUCUGCUUAACAAAGCUCCCACUCAUUUGCACAGGUUCUAUAACAAUUAUUCAAGUUUCGUUCAUGGAGGUCUAGAUUCACCAAACAGAGAGUCAGCUCCAGUCAUUGGACAGAAGCAGAUACAUAAUAAAAUCCAGCAACUCAAUUUCCGUGAUUGCCAUGCUAAGAUCAGUCAGGUUGAUUCUCAAGCAACUCUUGGUAAUGGAGUUGUGGUUCAGGUUACUGGGGAGUUGUCCAAUGCAGGCCAGCCAAUGAGAAGGUUCACCCAGACUUUUGUUUUAGCAUCUCAAUCACCCAAGAAGUAUUAUGUCCAUAACGACAUUUUCCGCUAUCAGGAUCUUGUUUUUACUGAUGAUGAUGUUGAGGCUGAUUCCAGCCGAUCAGAGGCUGAUGAAGAUGUCGAGUCCGAAUCCUCAUUGGCCGUUACCUCAAGUUCAGUGACUCUGACUGAAGGAACAACAUCUACUACGAGUCAGAAUUUGACUGGCUAUUAUAACUGCAAUGCUGGGUCAGUCAAUUCUGAAGGUUUCCAACAGAAUUACACCACGGCUAAUCAAACCCCACCCCAGGUCAAUGGCGUUUCAUCUGAGGAAGCUGCUCAAACGACAGCUGCUUCAGAUGGAAGUGCAGGAGAGAUCUUAGAAUCUUUUGAGUCAGUUCCAGCCUCAAAAGAUCAAUCAUUAGAGAAAGAACCUGUGGUGGAGAAACAAAAUACCUCACCGCCUGUUGAAUCUACAAAUGAUUUGAACUUUGAAAAUGCUGACACCGUAAACAAAGAACAAGCUGCUCCACCAGCAAGUUCUGAGCCUAAAACUUACGCUAAUUUGGUGAAAUCUGGUACAGGCAGUACCUUAUCAUUUUCAUCAGCUAUUAAUUCAACUCCUGCUCAUAGUACAGGAAACUUCUGGCCGGAUGGACAAGCUAAUCGUAAAGCUGAUAAUGGCCCCGUUAGCAAUGCGCCUGGACAGCAGCAAUACUGGGAUGUAAAGUCACCUAAAAGGCCUGCAGUUCAACAACCUAGAGCUCUACCACCACGUCCAGAAAGAGGCCAAAACGCUGGCUCGAGGAAUGCAGCAGAUGGUGAUAAAGAUCAUAGACGAGGAGGUAUGGGUAACAGCUCUCAUUACAAUGAAAGCUAUCAACUGUUUCUGGGCAAUCUUCCUCACAAUGCAACAGAGGAAGAAUUGAAGCAGUUAUUCACAAAGUUUGGUCCUGUUCAUGAGCUACGUAUCCAUUCGAAAUCUGCAGCUACCUCAAAAAUGCCUAAUGCCAGGGUUCCCAAUUAUGGAUUCAUAACUUUUGAGGACCCACAAUCUGUCGCUAACUGUUUGGCAAGCAAGGGUGUCUACUUCCCAGAAGGAUCACCAGAUGGACAGAAACUGAAUGUUGAGGAAAAGAAACCUCGAGUUCGCUCUAACACUGAGUCACGAACAAACAAUGAUGCUUCUGGUCGUCAAAAUCCACGUGGACCGGGUGCUGGCCAGAACAUGGGAGGUCAAAAUGCCCGUACUGGAGGUCGUGGGGGCCCUGGUGGUCAGAAUCGUCAAUCUGCGGGUUACCAACGAGGUAAUGGUCAACGUGUUGCAGCAACUGGUAAUUACAAUCGACGUUAGUAAAACCUUGACAAUGAUGGAAAACUUUGAAACCACUCCUUUUGUUUCUUUAGUUAUUGUUUCUUCCUAUUUUUUCUGUAAUCAAUUUUAAGAUUUAUUGAUUUGAAAUUAUUUCCUGUGUACAUUAUAAUAUAUCAAACUGUUACAUAUAUAUUGAUUAACAUUUUGAUCAGUGUCUUUAGUUUAAUAGUAAAACCCACACUUUGAUUUUAAAUGCUGUGGGUUUCCAGAAGUCUUAUUGAAAUUCUUAUGGGCUAUUAUGAAUGUAAUUUUAUUUUAUUAAGGUGAGUAUGAGGAUAUGGAGACAUAUUUAUUAUGAUUGCAAUAUGUCAAAUAAUUAAACAAUAGAUAUUUUCAUAAUGUUGUUGGAAAUAGACUGUAUUCAAUUGUAAUGUUUGACUUUGGCUCGAGUUUCGAUCAUUUUAAUUUAAUUUUAAAUCACAAGUCAUAAAAUUCUGUUCAGUGAACGAUUAGUGAUGGAAUUUAGCAAAAUUCUAAUGUUUUAUACUAUAUCAUGUAAUUUAAUUAGAUAAAAUGUGUAUAGUGUUCAUAAGAUACUAAACUUAUAAGAUAAUCUAGUGAUAUUAUGUAAUGUAAUGAGAGUCCAUAAUUUCAAUAUAAGUAUCUUAGUUAAUCACUUCAUUUUUAAAUGGCAAAUUAUAACAUUUUAUUUAU